GCAAGAAACCUCAUAUUAGGCCUGUUCCUUCCUGGAAAUUCAGCAGAAAGUUUGCAUUCAUAGGUUGCUGAAUCUUUUCCAUAUUAAUGGAUGACAUUUGGUAUGCGCACUGCAAAUCCUGCUCUGGGACUCUGUGAACUGUGGGGUGCCUGAUGCCUGUAAUCCCCAUUCCCCGCCGUGUCCGUUCUUUCCACGGCCCCCACACAACAUGUCUGCAUUCAGCCUGUGGCCCAGUAAGGACCACUCACUUGGUGCGCACCAAGUACAACAACUUCGACAUCUAUCUGAAAUCCCGAUGGAUGUACGGAUUCAUUCGUUUCCUGCUGUACUUCAGCUGCAGCCUGUUUACCUCCAUCCUCUGGGUGGCGCUCUCUAUCUUGUUUUGCCUUCAGUACCUGGGCAUCCGGAUCUUUCUGCGUUUCCAGUACAAACUCUCCAUCAUCCUCCUCUUGUUGGGGCGAAGGCGGGUGGACUUCAGCCUCAUGAAUGAACUGCUCAUCUAUGGAAUUCACGUGACCAUGCUGCUAGUGGGGGGGCUGGGCUGGUGUUUCAUGGUGUUUGUGGAUAUGUAAAUAAAGUGAGCGCAUGUGGGCUCAGGAGGCAACUCUUACUCUACCCCAAAACCUAUGGAUAUCUCCUUUGCCUUUUUUUAAAUAUAAAUUUAUUUAUC